GAACAUAUAGGCAGGCUAACAGAGGAGGUGCAUAAGCAGAAAGUACUGCUUAGAGAGAUGUCAGACGAACUACGCCGCCUCAAGUCGCUCCUCGACGAAAUGACAAAAACUGCGGAGCACAGGAUGUUCACCGUGUUCUGGUUGUUGCUUGACAACAUGAAAGAUAUAGACGUUACUCGUCUGAGGGAGGACAUGUCAGCCAGACUUCAGGCAAUUGCUGAAACGAAGAACACCACGUUCGACGAGUUUCAGGCAUGGCUGGAUAUUGAAAGGGAAAGGCGCACCGCAGUCUUGAAGCGGUUCUCCGCCCACGUCACGAAGACAACAAACGGGGAGUCAGACGGAGGGGAUGUCAUGUGUCUUGCCAGCUGCGGAAAGUGUGUGCUGAAGGAGGGGUGGGCAUCGUACAAUAGCCAAGAUUACAACACAGCGUUGCAGAAAUGCGAGACGGUUCAUUCCCUCGAGGUGUCUCUGUCGUCGGAGGACAACAGUCCACUCUGCUGGCCUAUCUUCCCGUGCUUCAUCAUCGACCCCGUGACCACGCGUCGGAAGCGAAAGACCGUCAUCUUCCACAAGGCCCUUUCGACGGUCUUGCAAGCUGCGAAGGAGGCAUCGCACGACGGCAUCACGAUACCGUCGACGCGAUUCGGGGACGUGACUGUCCACCCUUUCCUCCUCAAUUAUAUACAGGACUACCCAGAGCGAUGUGCGCCGGCGAAUGUGAAGUUUGGUGUAUGCCCUACAUGCACCGUGUCGAAAACGGACCUCGAUGUCGUGGCCGAUUUCACGGACAGCAAGAGAUCCCAGACGCUGGAAACUCAACUCGCAGCAGCUGUGUUCACGGCGAACGACGAUGACGUGCGCCGUGCGGCGGAAGGGCGAAUGGCGGAGUUGGACAUGCAUAGGCAUGUUGAACAGAACGGCCUUUGGAGGUUCUACAGGGGGCCGAGUGGCGAUGAUCCUCAGCUAGACUACCACCUCGCAUUGCAACCAGACCGUAUGCACACGAUCGAACACGGCAUAUUCCUGCACAUGAUCGACGCAUUCAGGGCGGCAGCCUUUGAGAAGUUGUCGAACACACCGCAAACAGAUAUCCUGAAUGAACUCGAUGCGAGAUUGCAAUGCGUUACGAAAACGGAGCACAAGCACAGCCGCAAAUCCGGAUCGAAAGUUACAGUCCCUUCGAGUGCACGGGAGAUUUCAACGCUGAAAGAACGUAACGAGUCGCCCCCCUCGACCCCUGUCCGGGGAAAGCGCGGAAGCGGCGCCGAGAACCGUCCGCCAAGGGCCCCAGAAAAAAGAUCGAGGGAUGAUAGAAACGCGACUACGCACCGCAGAACAAAGAAGAGAAUAUCCUACAAAGACGACAGAACAGUGGAGACAAUCGAUAUUAGAGGGUCUGACGACAGACACAGCGGACCCCAAGUGGAAGAAGAGGAGGAACACGACCGUUCCGCGUCAGAGAAGUCAGAUGGUGCGGAGGACGAGGAGUCAGGAAACGAGGGAGACGACAGCAAUUCUUCCCGCAGACAAUCGCAAGACACCGAUGAGGACGACGACAGCGACGGCAAGUCGACCAGCGAGAGAACCGGCGAAGACCAGAGCGCCGCUUCGGAAAGAGGUGGUUCGCCAUUUCCUUCAAGGACGUUGCGCAGAGAAGGAGAACGGCAGGCACGCAAUGGCAGCGACACUGAGGAGCGUGUCGAGGACGCGUUUUUCGCGGCGGUGCAAGCGACGGCGAAACUGGCAGGGGAGACAGCAGGGGAAGGGCUGCGGUCUCACAUAGCAGAGUGCGGGAUUCGAGCUGUCAUAGGGGAAUGCAACAGAAUGAUGACGACGAUCCGUGGAGAGAUUACAUGGCAGCUGAAACAUUCGUUUUUGGCUGAAAAAGGGAUUUCGCUCGUCGGAUCGCAGCAAACGGACCACCACCUCCCCUCUCGCAACAAGAUGCGCACCGAGAUGAAGGAGAACAAGACGUGGAGACGGAGCAGCGACGAUCCGUGGGGCGCCUCUGCCUUCAAGAUGACACUCUUAAAAGUUUUUCAGAUGAGAAAGGAAGGCCGAAACUUGGGUGUCACCCUGCAGCAACUGACUUUUGCGGAGAUGGUCAUUCAAUGUGAGAUAGAACAGACAACGAAGACGGCACGAGCUGCGGAGGAGAUAGAAAAAUUGGUAUCUAUAAAGCAGGCAAUCGUCUCAUCUCUCCGUAGCCGAGACACGGUAAUGAGUUUUUCUGUCUUCAAACUGGACCGUUUCGUAUCCGUGGCUGAGAAGGCAGGAACGCUCUUUCGCUCUGGCACGCCGUCUGUCCACAGGCCUGGGCCUCCAAGCACCACAAUAACGGAUGACGAUUACGACAUCGAGUUUAUUCUCCCUCAGAGUACAGCAGCCGGAGACGGGGACAGGCGCACCGACAGUCUGUGCGCCGCACCCUGAACAACGAGGGACAGUUUGGCGACAUUUCGACAUGGAAGGGAGGAUGCGGGGCAAUGACCAAACGGUGGAACGAAAAGUUCUUUUUUUAGACGUUUCGAACCAGGAGAUGCAAAAUCGA